AUGGCAACAACAUCAGUAAGUUCACCAAAAUCAAAACCAUCAUGGGUAUCAUUUUUAUCAGGUGGCUUAGCAGGUGUUACAGCAAAAUCUGCUGUUGCCCCUCUUGAAAGAGUUAAAAUUUUAUAUCAAAUUAAAAGUGAAUUAUAUUCAUUAAAUUCAGUAUAUGGUUCAAUGUUAAAGAUUGUAGAGAAUGAAGGUAUUAAAGGGUUAUGGAGAGGUAAUUCAGCAACAAUACUAAGAGUAUUCCCAUAUGCAGCAGUUCAAUUUCUUUCUUAUGAAACCAUUAAAAAUCAUCUCGUCGCUGACAAAUCAUCAUCAUUCCAAAUAUUUUUAGCAGGUAGUGCAGCUGGUGGUAUUGCAGUUUGUGCAACUUAUCCAUUGGAUUUAUUAAGAGCAAGAUUAGCAAUUGAAAUUCAUAAAAAACCAACUAAACCACAUCAUUUAUUAAAAUCAACAUUUACAAAAGAUGGUGUUAAAGGAAUUUAUAGAGGUAUUCAACCAACUUUAAUAGGUAUACUUCCAUAUGGUGGUAUUAGUUUUUCAACAUUUGAAUUCUUAAAGAGAAUUGCACCAUUAAAUGAAAUAGAUGAAAAUGGUCAAAUAUCAGGAACUUAUAAAUUAAUUGCAGGUGGUAUCGCUGGUGGUGUCGCACAAACUGUAGCAUACCCAUUCGAUGUUGUUAGAAGAAGAGUUCAAACUCAUGGCUUUGGUGAUGCAAAGGCUGUAGUAAAUCUCGAGCAUGGAACUUUAAGAACUAUAGCACACAUAUUAAAAGAGGAAGGAAUUUUAGCUUUAUACAAAGGUUUAAGUAUAAACUAUGUUAAAGUUAUUCCUACUGCUUCGAUUGCCUUUUAUACAUACGAAUAUUUGUCAAAUUUCUUUAAUAAACUUUAA